UAGAUAACAGGUCUUUGAUGCAAUGGUUGAUUUUGCAAGCUCCACCUCAUUGUGUCUUGGCAAUCAGUAUUGCUUACAAUGGUUUGAAUUGCUUAUGAGCAGUAGUAGUGCAAGAGAGACAGUUUCCACCACAUUUGGUCUAGUCAGUGUCCUAAUUUGGCUUUUUGCUGAUAUACCUCAGUUAAUCACAAACUUUACACAAAAAUCUACAGAUGGUCUCUCUGCUGCUUUCUUGAUGAUGUGGAUAAUCGGAGAUCUAUUCAACCUCUUUGGAUGCUUGCUAGAACCUGCUACUAUUCCUACUCAAGUAUUUACAGCAGUGCUGUAUAUCACUUUAACUGCUUCACUUUGUUCACAAACCAUUUACUAUGGAUACAUAUAUCCUCGACUGAAAUACUACAGACAGAUCAAGAUCAACACACCAACAAAUGAUGAACAAAGCAAGAGUGAAAUGGAGAAGGCCACCGAUGUUGAUCAGUGCAACGAGUUUGAUCAUUUCAAAACAGACAUUGGUUUGAGUUCUCCAAUUCCUGUUCCAGUGGUUACUCAUAAGAAUUCUGAUCGAAGACCAUUAUACUAUCAGUCAGCAAGAUAUCUAUCAAAAAGUCAUACUCCUAUAGGUUCUAUCUUAUGUCGAAGACUGGAAUCAAGCUUUUAUACCGUGAACCCUAUAGAAGAGCACUUGCUUAGUUCAACUAUCAUUACACAAUCUGCCCCAGUUUUAAAGAUCAAAACUACUCUGUGCUUGGUUUCAACAAUAACUUUUCUUGGUAUCUUCAACCUACUUCAGUCACCAGAUACAACAAUUCAUCCCAUGGGCUCAAAACCAAGACAAGAAUUUGUACUACAUGUUGGAAGAAAGCUUUUUCAGGAUAGUGGCUAUCAGUUGUCAGAACAUGGUUCGGCAGGACACCAUAGCAUUGGGAAUCUACUUGGUUGGGCAAUGGCAGUUUUAUAUAUGAGUGCAAGACUUCCUCAAAUUUGUUUAAAUAUCAGAAGGGGUAACUGUGAGGGCAUCAAUCCUAUGAUGUUUCUCUUUGCUGUAACUGGGAAUGUCACUUAUAUAGCAAGCAUUCUUGUGAGAAGCUUGGAAUGGUCAAGAAUUUGCCCAAAUCUACCGUGGCUUAUAGAACCAGGAGGAUGUGUCCUUCUUGAUCUUUUUAUUUUGAUGCAAUAUGUAUAUUUCCAAUAUAGGAAUUUCAAAGGUCAGGAGACGAAGCACAAACAUCAAUAUGUUGCUUAGAUGAAGAAUAAUCAUGGGUUUUCAGGAAGCUCGAAUGGAUUCUGGUGAAUGGAAACUGCUGAUAAAUUGUUAAAGGAAGUGAUUCUGUUUUGAUCCAGGACCAGAAGUUUUGAACCAGUUUGAUGCUCCUUUUUUGAAUUUUUAUUCAAUUUUCAUUUUUGUCUUUACCUUAGAAUUUGCACAAGACAUUGACUGAAUCGUUUCAUUGUUUCUGGUUUAGUCCAUUUUA